UAACAGUGUCAGUCGGUACAUAAGCUUGUGUAGGUUAUAAACCUUUACGUGUAAAAUAAUUUACGAAUUUAUGCACGCGAGAAAUAUAAAUUAAUUUAAUUAAGACAAGUAAAUUAAUUAAUACGCUUCGCUCGUCUAAUUAAUAUGCGCUUAUUUUUCCGAUCGUUCGCGUUGUCUACAUAAACACGUGGCCUAAUAUAUUUAAAAAUAGUUUGAAUAAGAAAAAAAUAGUUUAACAUUUGUUGAUUAUGAGCUUAUGGUUUUCAUCAAUAUUUCGUUAUUCUCGAUUUAUUACAGCAAAUAAAGUAGCAUUAUCCUUUACAUUCAUGGCAUCUCGAACUAAGACAGAUCGAGUUUUAGAAAACUUGAAAAGUAAUCCUUACUUUGAUAAGUAUGCGAAGAAAAUAGCAAAACUUCAAAUGAUAAAUCCAGAAUUAUUAGAAGAACGUAUCGGAGAACAAGAGAAAAAAAUACAAAAGAAAAAAGAAACACAAGAACAAGAGCGUAAUUUAUAUCAAGCUAAAGCCAAAACAGAAGUGUUACAACCAUCACCUAUCAAAGAAGCAUGUCUCAGUGAUAUUAUGAACAUAGAGAUGAUAAAGGGAAAAACUAAAGAAGAAAUUGGUGAAAUUUGGAUGGAGUAUCAUAAGCAGAAAGAUUAUAUUUGUGCGAUAAUAGAAUCGGAGCAAUAUGAAAAGAUACUUGGUUAUGGAAGUAAAUAUCCUUUAUUUCUCUUACCAUUACCAAGGAAACAGGGCUACGAAUUUUUCUUAAGUCAAUUCCAAGGGAAUAAAGUUUACAUGACGUCCCUGUUAUGGUAUCAGACUCACAAGGAGAAUGCACCAGAGUGUUUAACCCUAACGCAUUAUACAGAAUUCAAGGAUAGCAUGGGAAUAGUAUUGAUGCGUGGUGAAUUCGAUUUAAAUUUCUUAAAUUGUCAAGAGGCACAGUGUUUAACCAAUGAACUACAGUUAUAUUACAUUGGUAAAAAUUCACAGAGGCUGGAAUUAUUGGAAACGUUUAAUAAUAAUCCUAAUAAUUUCAAGUACAACGAUCUUAUAAAUCAGUUGGAAAAAAUAUCUUUUUAAACGUUUUUGUACAUAGUUGGUGUUUUACACAAGAGUAGUCAUGUUUUAUGUAUAUUUUUAUUAGAGCAAGUAUAAAAGAUAUAUUAAAUAUUGUUCAAGAAGUUAAGUUAAUAUAAAAUAAUGAUGUUUUCAUUAUUAACACAUUGGAGACCUGUAGUAACAGAUAAGUCUGAUAUCUUGUAAAUUCUUGAUUUCUUUAACACAUUUCGUCGAAUUAAGAAAAAAAUUCAUAGGGAUCAUCGCAAAGGUUUGUAUUGUAUUUUUAAUUAUUUUUUUUGUUUUAUUAAUCAUACAAUUAUCAAGCAAGACCGAUAAAUGUCCAAAUAAACAAUAGAAAUCUUGGACGUAA